UGAAUACCGCGUGACCGCAGUUUUUUCACUUCCAUGAAAUUAUCUUUAUACUUGGUUGGUUAGGAAACCUCUGUUACCUCAUCUUGAGUACGGUAGCCAGCGAUUGCUUAACUUUCUAAGCAAGUUACCAUAGUUUGAGGUCUGAUUCAGCUGACACAGUAGACCUACUGUGUCGCAAUUUUGCACUUGCCAAAGCUGCUGUCGCCAUAAUCCGAGCUAGUGAUUGUAUCAACAGAAUCAGCACCUGUUGCUUCUUCAUCGUAGCCAUCAUGUCGAAAUCGGAUGUCAAGCCACGAGUACUUAUCUUGGGUGGUUGUGGAUUUGUUGGUAGGCACCUUGUUUCAUUUCUGGUUAAUGGCGAAUUAGCAAGCCAUGUCCGGAUUGUCGACAAAGUUCCACCACCUAUGGCCUGGCUAAAUGACUAUCAUCUUAAGGCAUUUAACAGCCCAAUUGUUGAGUUCAAAAGUGCCAACCUCUUGAACACAGUUUCCAGGGAAAAUGCUUUUUCUACAGAUGACAAUAACAAGAGUGCCUAUUGGGAUUUUGUUAUAAACCUUGCAGCAGAGACAAAACAUAACCAAACACGUGCCGUCUAUGAACAAGGGACAGUCCCAUUAAGUGUUGGUUGUGCUGCACUUGCAGCAAAACACCAGGUCAAAAGAUACGUGGAAAUGUCUGACAGUCACUGUUAUUCUGGGAAAAAGAAACCUGCUCAAGAAGAUGAUCCGGUUGAGCCAUAUACAUUGUUUGCUGAAUGCAAAAUGGAAGUAGAAAAAGAACUUAGGCAAAUAGACCAACUGGAUUAUGUCAUCUUACGACCUGCCAUAAUUUAUGGUGUAGGGGAUCGUGUAGGUCUAACGCCUUGGUUGAUCCUCGGAGCUAUCUAUCGUCAUCUUGGGGAGACUCUGCAGCUUUUAUGGCACAAUGAGGUGCAUAACAACACCGUUCACGUGAUUGAUGUUUGCCGAGCCAUUUGGCAGAUUUGCAACUCCAACCAAGUGACCUCCGGUCAAGUCUUUCAUGUCUCGGAUGAUGCUGACACGACAUUGGGUGAUUUAGCUGACAUUAUAGCUGAUUUAUUCGAGAUCAAGUAUAAAUUUGUCGGGAAAAUGUUGUCCACGUUAGCAAAACUUGAUUUAAAAGCUACCGCCGAGGACGCUAAUGACAAACAUCUUCCACCUUGGGCCGAGAUCUGCCAAUCUGCUGGAAUCAGCAACACGCCACUCAGUCCCUACGCUACGGUGGAGAAUAUAUCAGGAAGAAAUCUUUGGCUUGACAACUCUAAACUCCGAGACAAACUUAACUUUGAAAUUAGUGUACCGAAACCGACGAUCGACCUUCUCAAAGAGGUUUUGGACGAUUUCGUAUCGAUGAAUCUGUUUCCAGCUCUCGAUAAGUGAAAUUACGCUUCAGCUAUUAACAUCGCAAUCGGAACACUAACUAUUUGGGGUCUAGUCCGUCCAAGGUUUUAACCUUGAACACCUUUUUUUUUUAUUUUUCAAAUCUUCUCUCGCUUUUGUCGCAAGCUUGGCCUCAAGAGGGUAGUAUUCACGCCAUCCUGUAUUUCUUUCGGUUGUUGCAUCCUUUAAACGAAACGGAAAAAAGAACUUACCAUUUUCCAAUUGAAAUUAAUGAAACUGUGGAGCAAACAGCAUGUCUUUGGCUUGACAUAAAUAAUCGAAAUUUACUCUCAUUCAAA